AUGCCCAUCUCUAUCCCCCUUCCUUCUCUCGUGGCCACUGCCACAGGCAUCACUGGCUCAGCCUAUGCAUCUGGUAAGGCUAUAAAGUCAGAUCAUAAGAGUCCAACUGAUAUUCUAGGUUUCAUUGCCUCCCUUUCACUUGCUGGCAUCCCUGCUGCUCUGCAACUAUCAGGAGCUCCUGGUGUUUCCGUUUGGCAGGUUCUCUUCAACCGUGGAUUCGCUCUCAUGCCCAAAUUUGCUGGAACAACAGCAAUCGCCUAUCUAUACGCCGCAUAUACAGCUCACCAGCAGGGCCGUAACUGGAAGGGGCUGGCUGCCAGCGCUGCUUUAACGGUCUCCAUCGUUCCUUUCACCAUUGUCUUCAUGAGUUCAACCAAUGACCUUUUGUUCAAGGCGUCUGCUGGAACCUUGGAUGCUUCUCAGGAGGACGUGGCUACAUUGAUCGGAAGAUGGGGAGUUUUGAACUUGGUCCGGAGUCUGCUUCCUCUUGCUGGAGCGGCCUUGGGUUUGUCAACUCUGUUCAGGGAAGAAUGA